AUGGCAAGGAAGUCGAAAGCUCAGGGAAAGCAACCGGUGACGUCGCCUGGAAAAAUGAAGGGCCCACAGUCUGAUACUCAUGCAAAAAAUGUGAAAUCGAUGGAUGAAAUAUUGGGGGUAACUGCGUUGGAUGUGGAGAGUAUUAUGCAGGAAGAGAUUCUCCCGCCAAGAACGUCGUUGGAAACGCUCCAAAGACAGUCCGAGGUCCGAACACAGUUUUCUGAAUGGUUGGAUAAUAGUAAAUCUGUACCUGUUAAGAUUGAGCUAGCUGAAAUUAAAUCUGAGAUUGAUUUCUGGGCUUCAUCUAUAUACUGUUAUGUUGUUGGAAGUCAUCCUCCUCAGCUUGUUAUGGAAGGUUUUAUUAGGAGGGUAUGGAGAAAUAUGGGAGUAGACAAGGUGAUAAUGGUGAAGAAGGGGAUGUUUAUGGUAAGGUUUAAGACUAUGGAGAAGAGAGAUCAUGCGUUGAAGGACCAUAUAUUCUUUGAUAGUAAACUUGUAAUUAUUAAACCAUGGCACCAGGAUAUAGAUAUGUUAAAGGAAGAUGUUAAAACUCUCCCUACAUGGGUACAUCUGCACUUGGAGUUUAAAUACUGGGGAGAGGGUUAUUUGAAUAAGAUUGCUGGGCAGGUUGGGUGGAUAAGGAGCUAUGAAUGGAAGCCCACUCUAUGCCAGUUGUGUAAGGGUGUUGGUCAUACCGUAGGUGAAUGUAGGAAGAAUGUGGUUAGACAAGAAUGGAGUGAGAAAGAGCCUCAUGUGGAACAUCAUCAGAGUGAGGGAGGUGCCAUGGAUGUGGAACAGGGGUUUCAGAAAGUGAGGAACCCUACAAGAAGGCUGAUCCACUCACCUGCACCAGUGGGUACCCAUAAUGAUUUUAAUCAUUUAACGGAGGGUGUAACUGAAGUAGGGUGGACCUUGUUCAUCACAAAGGUGAAUGCUAUUGACACAGGAGGGGUGUUGCCUCCUGAUAUUAAUGGAUAG